GUGCCUCAGAACCGUUGGGGCAGUGCGGGAGGAGGGCGGGCGUUGUUGGUGAGCGCUGUGACAGCCGCGGGCAGCAUGGAGCCUAAAGUUGUGUGCAGAGGUGGCAGCUGCUGCUGGAGCAAUGCAGAAGCUGGGGGCAGGCUGGCAGACGUGUUCAGCAGCAUGAUGGCAGAGUCCAGCUCACGUGGCUGCUACAAACCACAGAAUGAAGAAAAUGUAGACCCACCUCAGACCUACAGUUCUUCCAUUUCAACACCAGAAUACUCUGCACCUGUGGACUCUUCUAUCUUGUAUUCACCGUGGUCUCUGUGUGAUGAUAGUAAGCAGCCCGCUGCUUCUCAGAUUAAUAUGAAAUCCAGAAUUCAAACUGAAAGGAAUGAUUAUGGCAGUGAGGCGGAUCUAUAUGAGCUUGUGUCUAACAUUUUGGAAGAGCAAGAUAAAUCGCAGCCAUAUUGUGCUGAGGGGAGUUGCUCUUCCAACUUAAAGUCAGCAUGGCCCAUGAAUGCUACGAGAAUCACAGACCACCACAACCUGUUGUCAGAAACUAAAAGACCAGUUGCUGCAGCUGUCUCCCAGCAGAGUUUUUAUAGCAGCGAAUCGACAUCUCCUGCUGAAAAACAGUACUUGCAAAGUGGUAAUCUUGCACCGCAGCAAAAAGUAGAGGAAUGUUAUCAUGGAUUUCCUGGUAUAGACCUCGAGGAGCAAUGUUUGUGCACUUCUAUGAAUGAUCAUGCCAACUGUUGCAACAUGCAGGCUAAUGAAAAUAUUAAGACAACACCCAUGUAUCAGAACUAUCCAUGCAUGAAAAACACCUUUACACCUCAAGCUGGUUACUUAGAAGUAAUCAAAGACUCAGGAGCCGAUCCUUACUCCUACAGAAGAGAGAAUGUGUGUCCCAUAGGAGCAGAUGCACAGCUGCACCAAAAGCAGGCAGAAACACUUGCACAAUUUCACAGAUGCAAUGAAAAUGCUGAUUAUGGUAGAUACGCUGAAUAUUCUCAUUUUACCAAAGCAAAACCUACCAAGAGCAUCAAUUGCAGCUUCCAAGAAAGUAAAAAAUUAGUAAGUGAAAUGACUGAGGUGUCAUCUCUGGAUGUAGAACCCUAUGCUAAAUUAUUUCAAUUCAAAUCAGGUACUCAGAGAAAAACAGAUGCAAUUCCAGAUCAGCAAAACUUUACAUUUAUCAAGGCUGCAGGACUGCUAUCAGAAAAGCAAUUUGCAAAUGAGCCUCCAUUCUGCAGUGAUCUGGGGCAAAAAUUUGAAUAUGGACUAAAUUCUCGUACAGCUUGUCCAGGGAGUAGUGACUGUGCCAGUGGUGUGGAUAAGCUGCAGUUUUCCAAGUCUGAUCUUCAGAGUCCUGAGUACUGUAAACCGCUUCCAUUGUUACCAAACUCAGCAAACUCAUCAGCAGGUGCUAAUGUAAGGCAGGCUUGGAUGAACUUUCAAAGUAAACCCACCGUCCCACCUCAGAGUCCAAGUGUGGUGAAACUGAAUAAUCAUUUAUCUGCUUUACCAAAAAAUUCCAGCCAUCCUAAUGAUUUUUUACCGUUAUCAUCUUCAAAUGUCCCUUUAAAUAGUAAUUUAUCUCACAAGAACUGUCAAGAUAAUUCUUUGGUUUUUUCAAGUCUUGAUUUUGGUUAUAACGCUUCAGAACGAGCUCAGUCAGCUGCUCUUGUGGAAGCACUAGCUAAGUCUGGAGAAGAAAAUCUCACUGAGUAUUUAAGUGACAAGAAAUUAAAGCAACCAGAUAGAGGCUGCUCAGCUCAGCAGUUUGGGAUCAUUGAAAAUCUGAACAAACUCUGUUUCCAGUUGAAGCCACAGAGUGGGCAUUAUGAUCUAGAAGGACAAAAACACGCAGAUGGGUUGUUGCAGAACAUGUACCAAGAUUUGGCAGAGUCUCAGGGUCAGCUCAAUCUCAGACAGGGAAGUGGAGGCAGUAAUGCUGUCAAUCGCACAGCUCACGUACAGGCAUCAAGCUUUGCCAACAAUUGCGUGAUGAGUGACUGGAAGCAAAACCAUCAGCUUGCUUCAGGUGCAAUCCCCUCGAGAUCAGCUCGUCCGUUUGGCCGUCUGCUUGUCCCUCUGAUGGAGUCCUACAACGUGUUCUCCAGUGAUAAUUUAAAUUGCUUCUAUCCUUACAUUAAUGAUAUGAUGUGUGAUCUACCAGUGCUGGGAUAUCAAAAGCAAGUCAAAACGCAUAGUGGGUCUGCCAGGGAACUCCGUGUUAGACUAGAAGAGUGUUAUGAACUGUGCAGAGCUUUGGAGAAAGAAAGAAAGGAGGCUGAAUCAGCUCUUGCUAAGAGUUACCCAGGGAAAAACAUUUCCAGUAAUAACAACGCUCCAGUUCCAAGGCUGACAUCAAACUCAUCAAAAGUUGAUCGCUUAAUUGUGGAUCAGCUACGUGAACAAGCCAGAGUUGUGACUUUACUGGGAAAAAUGGAGCGCCUUCGCAGUUCUCCCCUUCACGUCAACAUUUCUACUGCUCUUGAUAAACAGCUGGAGGUAAUUCGUGUCGUGCAGACGCACAGAAAAUACGAAAUUGUAAAUGCUUCCAAUCGACAGAAGCAAGGAGCUCCCAGAUGCCAAGAUGACAGAGAUGUUUUAGCUCUGGCUUUGGCGAUUAAUGAGAUGAGCGUAGCGACACGUCAGGUACGUACGAGUCUGUGGUGCGCGCUGCAGAUGACCCUGCCAAAACCUGCAGCUGGACAGCUGGUCACAGCAAAAACCCUUCGGGAGAGGGUACAGCCUGAUGAGAAGCGUACGAGAAUCUGAACAGCCGUGGCAUCCGGGAUCAGACGGCAGAAACAGCAUGCAAAAGUCAGCGUUGCAGUGUGCGUAUAGGAAGAGGUGAUGGCAUUAAUUCUUUGUAAUUACUUGCGAAGUUCGAACUACUGAUACUCGUAUUUAAAGCUGUAUCUUGAUGAGAAGUUGAAUUUUCUUAAAAGGCUCUCAGUUUCUACUUAAACUGCUGAAAUUACAGGCAGGGUCAGAAUAUUUUAAAGCCUAACUGAUGAAUGUUAACUUAAGUAAUCGCAUUAAUUAAACAGCUAACAACCAGGACAUUAUUUAGCGUCUGCAGGUGAGCCUUGGUUUAAAAUUCUUCCGUUAAGUUUGUUUAGUUUUGCUUUAGUAAAUGGGUUUUAAAAUAACGAGUCUUAAAGACUGUAGUCUACUGUGGCGUCCAGCCAGUAUCAGACAAGAUUGUGAUGUAAAAGCGUUUUCUUUAUCAAACCAGUACCUGUAAACAGGAGGAAGAAAGCUAAAAAUAAACCAUAUUCAUGUAAAAUUAAAUAUUUAAAAUAUUAGUAUUUAUGAAUUUGAGAUUUUAGAAUCCACGUUUGUGAAAGGAAAUGCACCAGAUUCUACUAAAUUAAAUGAUGAUAAAAUUGCUCUUGCAAUUUAGUAAAUGUAUUCAAAUCAUUUGGGCGUACCCUCAGGAAAAGAAAGAACCUGUUUUAAAGUACUUAAUCAAAAUGUGACAUGCACACAGUAUUAACCUCUAAAAAAAGCUGUACAGCAGCUGAAAUAAUGAGUAUUGUUUUUAAUGCCUUCACUUUAAAACUUUGAACAGAGGGUAGGCAUCACAAUGUUCUGAAAUUUGUGUUUUUUAAAAGUUACUCUUUCACUCGUUUGGUUUGUGAUUUGAUUGUCCCAUUUUAGAUAUAUUAGUUUACAUCUGUAUUUUUGACAGCUCUUAACACUUGGUGCUUAUCUGCACAUUUAAUCUCUUUGUACUGAGUAUAAAUAACUUAUUCAGUGAUUGAAAGUGUUGGUAUUAUGUGACUUGGGUGAUAAGGGGUUUCAACACUCCCAGCAUCACGUUUAUAACGUGUGGAUUAAGUUUAUUCAGUUUUCCUUGCCUAGACGCGCUGAUAUUGGAAAUAUAGUCUGUGUUCUUCCUACUUGUGGAAAUCCUGCUAUGUACGAGGUGUAAUCACACUGCAUAAAUUGUCAUUAGGGAUUAUGAGAGAAAUGCUGAAUGAGAAUGCAGGAGAAAGUAACCACUUUGAUCACUGGUAUGGCCAAAAGUACUGCCAGAGUGAAUUUAUGGGGGCAGGAGGACAAAGCAUAUUUCAUACCACAAGUCACCACUUUAAGAUUUGUUAACCAGGACGUGUUGGUGUUGAAAACAAACAGAAUUUAGUCUGUCUGGUAAGAAAUAAAUUAGCUUUUGUUGAAGAAAAUUUGUUCUGCAUUUUCCUUCGCUGUCUCCGUUCCUUCAGCAUUCUCCAGUAAUGAGAAUUGUCAUUUUCAGUUAGUUGCUGAAAUAAGAGGUACAAAGCAGUGGUAAUACUGAUAUUACUCUCUUGAUAUUAAUACAGAAAAUGACUGUAACUGUAGAAUAUGGCAAAAUUGAAUGAGUGCAGUGAAUCCAAAGCAUAUCUUCUUAGUUAAAAGCUCUGUACUGUCAUACAAAGCUCAUGCAAUGAUUUCAGUACCUGCAGCAGAAACCUUAGGAGUGUGCCUGAAGUCUCUCUUGGUCUCAGUGCCAGGACAUGGAGAGUGAAGUAACAUUUGCUAUUGGGCACUUCCUACCAGAGCCCUAUGGGUCUGCACUCCUGAAACUUCAUCUGGCAUCAGUGAUCAGCUCACUGCAUCAACAGCAAAAUUUAUUAGCACUCACUAACAGCUCUGCGGCUUCAAGAAAGACCUGUGACAUCAUGAGCCAGGAAGCAUUAACUGUGCUGAAACGGGCCGAGGGCCAAGGGAGAGCUUGCAUUCUUCAACACUGUUGAUUCACUGUUGGUUGCGUGCAUAUGCAAGGCUUCACCACGCUUCGUUUUUCUGGCCCCAAAAGCCUGGGGCAGCACCACUGCCCUACAGGGCCAUGGGAAGAGGUGUGAA